AUGGUUCUUUAUUUAUUUAUUUUUGUGAUAAGUGGACAGUUAAACGUUGUACAAAGUGAUACGAGGGAGAUAUUCGAUGAGAAAGAAAAUGAUUUUACAAAGAAAGCAUUACCAUUUUCAGGUGGAAUUUAUGGUAAACGACAAGUGCAUGUACCAUUUUCUGGUGGCUUAUACGGUAAAAGGAAAGCGGAUUCAUUUGGAUCGAAAAAGAGUCAAAUGAUUCCAUUUUCCGGUGGAUUUUAUGGAAAACGUGCUAUGUUAUACGAUGAUUUCGAUGAUAUAUACGAUAGUGCAAUAUAUGAUGAAAAUUUUAAACGAACAUUACGAUCAAAUAAUCGCGUAAACCUUCGAUCAUUACCGAUGAGUGGAGGAUUCUAUGGAUGA